AUGAAAUCCCUCCCCCUCCUAACCACCCUCCUCCUAACCCUAACCACCACCCCAACAACCCAAGCAUGGACCUUCACCUGGCGCAACGCCUCCAACUCCCCCUUCAUAGAACGCAGCACAUCGCCGGCCCCCUGCACGAAAAUCGACCAAGCAGAAGGCCAAGAAUUCGUCUUCGAGCCCAAUAACAGCCCUUACUCGUUCUACAUCUGGUCCAACGACAACUGCUCCGGGUCCUAUAGCGGGUUCACGCCGCCGUCGCGAUGGGGCAAGAAGGCUUCGACGGAUUUGCGCUCGUAUAUGGUUAAUUAUGGGGGGAACGAUGGGCCGUCGACGACUGCUGUGUCUUCUUCUACUUCUACUUCUACUAGUUCUGCGUCUUCGACGGGGACGGCCACGGGGACUGCUACUGGGGGUAGUAGUACCAGCACUACUACUGCUUCUGCAUCAGCGACUGCGACGUCCUCACCUGGUGAUUCCUCCAGUUCAUCAUCGGGGAUAUCCGGCGGGGCAGUAGCGGGGAUAGUAAUCGGCGUGGUAGCAGGUAUAGCGGUAGUGGGCGGAGCGUUCUGGCUCGGUCGACGACAGCGCAGUGGAUCUGGGGGAAAGCCUCCCGGCAACGCAGGACAGGGAUUCGGGUCUGCGUCGGGAUUGGGUCCUGGAGCGGGAUAUGUGCAGCCUGGGACGCCGAUUGGGGGCUCCGAUGCGGGUGGUUAUAUGGGGGCAGAGGUGGCCAAGGGACCUCUACCGUACAUGUAUGAGAAUCAUCCGAUGAGUCCGGUUCCUGCGUAUCAGCCGCCGGUGGGACAGCAGUUUGCGGAGUUGCCGGGGGAGAGUGUGCGCGUGGAGAUGAGUGAUACCUCCAGGGUGAAUGAGUUGGAGGGCAGUGGGAAGCGGUGA